AUGUGUGAACGUAUCCUUCCAUCAACAGGUGUUUGUUGUCAAACAAUACGUAAAUUUUCUACCGGUAUUUUUAUUGAUGAAAAUGACUUCCGUAGCCUUGUGCUCUGACAUACAUCCAGCACUGAACGAAUAUGUGAUAAAAUUGUUGCUGAAAAAUCGUAUUCAAACUGUGCAUGAGUUGGCCAGAACGGAAGACGAUCGACUGAUGCGCAUAACAAAUCUAUCGUACGAAGAUGUCGGUGUCGUUAAAAGGGAUCUAAUUUCACGAUUCUCCGGGACCACUAUUCAGGUGGUGGAAUAUUUCCAAUAUUUGGAGGAAUUGGCCGAACCGCUUAAAACGGGCAUCAGGGGGUUCGAUUUACUCCUUGAGGGUGGACUAUUGCCUGGCCAUGUGAUGGAAAUUUUCGGAGAUUCCAGUUCUGGAAAGACACAAAUUUGUACGACAAUGGCUGCAAAUAUUGCUCGGAAUCUCAAAUUCGAUGUAUUUUACGCCGAUACGAAAUGCGACUUUACCGCCAGCAGAGUUCACAGGAUCUUAGAUUUAAGGAAAUGCUCAGGGCAGGAGAUUCAGGAGACUAUGGCGAGGAUUAAAGUAGAACGGAUAUUCUCGCCAGAAAGCUUGAUACAAAUCGUGGAAGAUCUACUCGUUCGAGUUGACGGUUUGCAGAAUUUCAAAGUGCUGAUAAUCGAUUCGUUGCCUCCACUCUGGUACCAGUACCAGAACACGAAGAGCAGAUGUUAUCCAUUCGGCAUGUUGACUCGACUGAUUGGUUUGCUGAGGAAGUUGGCAUCGGAAAACCAAAUAUCGGUCGUCGUGGUGAAUCUCAAGAUAACUGCUUUUGACUCGUUUGCAGGUGGAACAAGGAAAGCAGCAGCCAAUCAAAGGGAACUCAGCGAGUAUCCGGCAUUGGGUCGGUUCUGGGAAACAGCUCCGACGACGCGAGUCCUAAUGAGUAAAAUCGAGGGAAGCAGUGCGGGUCAGGAAAGGCUGUUGACUAUCUGGAAGUGUAGCUAUUUGAAAUGCGGCGAUCGACAAAUGGUGGAAAUUUCCGAUCGUGGUGUGGUAUAAUUCGUUCAAUAGAAACAGAGAAAUCAUU